UUUUCUCCUCUUCUAAACAAAGUGCAACUAUGUAGAUGAGGCUGAACUGGACUUGGGCUCCUCUGGCUUCAACCUCAAGUGCUGGAAGUUCCAGGCAUGCAGGUCCAUACCUGGCUUGCAAGCAGUCUUUGAGAAGUAUACACGUCAGUGAGCCAUUACUAAUAUUUUCAGCCUUAUUCACUUUGUAGGUAACAAACGGCUGAGAGAGCACAAGGGUAGAUUGACCCCACUGUUCCCAGCAAGUCUUCACAGCUUUUGCUUCAGGAUAAUUUCCUUCCAGCCUUCGACUUUGUUGAUUGCUCAAAAACCACGAACAGAAUCCUGAAAACCCACUCCCCCAAAACAACCCUUUCUUUUAUCUAUUUGCCCCACUUGUUUUUCUGAAGAUGAACAAUAUUCUCCCAAACCGAGGGGAGAAUUUGCCUUAGAGACAUUUACUGAACUCCAGGCUACAAUAGAAGCUGGAGGUGUACAGAUGACUAAACAGCGCCUCUGCUCCAGGACCAUGAGGUCUCCCCCGACACAGAGACAGCAUGCUGCGCUCCGGGAGUACCAGCUGUCGCCCUCUUUCAAGGUAGGACACGCCGCAGAGGCCACCCUGGUGGUCGAAGCUAGGUUUGGAUCCCGCACUCAUUCGUGGCUGCGGCGUGGAAGGCAGCCCUUCUGCCAUUCCCUUCUGCUGCAGCCUACAGAAUAGGUCCUUUUCCUCUACUACAGCAGAUCAACCGCAGUGAAGACUCGGCGGAGCGGACGCCGCUCUAUUUUAAGGACCCAGUGCGCCCCCAAGCGGAGGAAUAGCGGCGGAACUGCAGCGGAAGCACGGAGGAGGGGGACGGGCCACAUAAUGCCCGCCUUCUCAGGGGGCGGGGCCAUCUCAGGCCUCGCCCCAUCUGGACUCCAUUUCCGACGCAACCUCGUCCUGCGGCUCCGAUUGGCUGGCUUCUGAGCGUGAGGACGUUGCGUCGUGGGGCGGGGCGGGCGAGCGGUGUCUGUCAGGGCUUCAGCUGUACGCCCCCCACUGCCGCCCCCUCCCCCGCGGUCGCGUCGUUGCCACCUUUCGCUUGCCUUGAGAGGGGACAGGUGACGGCCGGGGCUCUGGGUGGCGGCUUGGCCUCCGGGCAUCUGUCCUCAGCCGCCUCUCUGAGCCAGCCUCGGUCCUCGAGCGGGUCCCGGCCGCGGGAAGAUGGCGGCCGCACCCCGCGGCGUCUGCGAGCAGCGGCGCCUGGGCUGUGGGUCGGGACCCCUCGCGCGGCUGCUCGUCCUUGCGCAGGCGCUGCUGCUGCUGCCCGCCGCCCGGGCCGGCCUGUGCCCGGCGCCCUGCGCCUGCCGCCUUCCUCUGCUGGACUGCAGUCGCAGGAAGCUGCCCGCGCCCAGCUGGAGGGCACUGUCAGGCCCGCUGCCCCCCGACACCUCCAGCCUGGAUUUGAGUCAUAACCGGUUGUCUAACUGGAACAUAAGCUUGGAAUCACAAACUUUACAAGAAGUGAAAAUGAAUUACAAUGAGCUAACAGAGAUCCCAUAUUUUGGAGAACCAACACCUAAUAUUACCCUACUUUCAUUAGUCCAUAAUCUAAUACCAGAAAUAAAUGCAGAAGCAUUCCAGCUUUACUCUGCUCUCGAGAGUUUAGACCUCAGUUCCAAUAUAAUAUCAGAGAUCAAGACAUCUUCAUUUCCUCAAAUGUCGCUGAAGUACCUGAAUUUGAGUAAUAAUAGGAUAACCACCUUGGAGGCUGGUUGCUUUGACAACCUAUCAGGUUCUUUAUUAGUGGUAAAAUUAAACCGGAACCGAAUUAGCAUGAUUCCACCUAAAGUCUUCAAGCUGCCUCAUCUCCAGUUCUUGGAACUGAAAAGAAACAGGAUUAAAAUUGUAGAAGGCCUUACCUUCCAAGGGCUUGAUUCCUUACGCUCAUUGAAAAUGCAACGGAAUGGAAUUAGCAAACUCAAAGAUGGAGCAUUUUUUGGCUUGAAUAAUAUGGAAGAAUUAGAGCUGGAACAUAAUAACCUCACAGGAGUGAACAAAGGGUGGCUGUAUGGCUUGCGAAUGUUACAGCAGCUCUAUAUGAGCCAGAAUGCUAUCGAAAGAAUCAGCCCUGACGCAUGGGAGUUCUGCCAGAGGCUGUCUGAACUGGAUUUGUCCUAUAACCAGCUGACCCGCCUUGAUGAAUCUGCCUUUGUGGGUUUGAGUUUCCUAGAGAAAUUGAAUUUAGGGGACAAUAGAGUCACUCAUAUUGCUGAUGGUGUAUUUAGGUUUCUUUCCAAUCUUCAAACACUAGAUUUGAGAAACAAUGAAAUUUCAUGGGCCAUAGAAGAUGCUAGUGAAGCCUUUGCUGGACUCAAAAGUCUCACUAAAUUAGUCUUGCAAGGAAACCAGAUUAAGUCAAUUACACAGAAAGCAUUCAUUGGUCUUGAAUCCCUUGAGUAUUUAGAUUUGAACAACAAUGCUAUAAUGUCUAUCCAAGAAAAUGCUUUUUCUCAGACUCACUUAAAGGAGCUUGUUCUGAACACAAGCAGUUUGCUCUGUGAUUGUCAUUUGAAGUGGCUACUUCAGUGGCUGGUGGAUAACAACUUUCAUCAUUCUGUGAAUGUAAGCUGUGCACAUCCUGAAUGGUUAGCUGGGCAAAGCAUCCUCAAUGUGGACCUGAAAGAUUUUGUCUGUGAUGAUUUUCUGAAGCCUCAGCUAAGGACACAUCCUGAAAGCACAGUUGCUCUAAGAGGUGUUAAUGUGACUCUGACGUGCACUGCAGUAAGCAGCAGUGAUUCUCCCAUGUCCACUGUAUGGCGCAAGGACAGUGAAAUCCUGUAUGAUGUGGAUAUCGAGAAUUUUGUUCGUUAUCGGCAGCAGGCUGGAGAAGCUCUGGAAUAUACUAGUGUCUUACACCUCUUCAAUGUGAACUUCACAGAUGAAGGGAAAUACCAGUGUAUUGUUACUAAUCACUUUGGUUCUAAUUAUUCGCAGAAAGCCAAACUGACUGUGAAUGAGAUGCCCUCUUUUCUGAAAACUCCGAUGGAUCUAACCAUUCGCACGGGUGCCAUGGCCAGAUUAGAAUGUGCGGCAGAGGGGCACCCUGCACCUCAGAUUUCCUGGCAGAAAGACGGUGGUACUGACUUUCCUGCAGCCCGGGAAAGACGAAUGCAUGUCAUGCCUGAGGAUGAUGUCUUCUUCAUUGCCAACGUUAAGAUAGAAGACAUGGGAAUCUACAGCUGCAUGGCACAGAACAUAGCCGGAGGCCUCUCAGCGAAUGCCUCCCUCAUUGUGUUAGAGACACCCUCAUUUAUUAGACCUCUGGAAGACAAGACUGUCACCCGAGGCGAAACGGCAGUAUUGCAGUGCAUAGCUGGAGGGAGUCCUGCUCCUCGCCUCAACUGGACCAAAGAUGAUGGACCACUCUUAGUAACAGAACGACACUUCUUUGCUGCAGCCAAUCAGCUUCUCAUCAUUGUAGAUGCUGGGUUAGAAGAUGCUGGAAAAUAUACCUGCAUUAUGUCUAACACUCUUGGGACAGAGCGGGGACAUAUUUACUUAAACGUCAUUUCAUCCUCCAAUUGUGACUCUUCUCAGAAUAGCAUUGGACAUGAGGAUGAUGGUUGGACCACAGUUGGCAUUGUCAUCAUUGUGGUGGUCUGCUGUGUGGUGGGCACUUCUUUGAUCUGGGUCAUUGUAAUCUACCACAUGAGAAGGAAAAAUGAAGACUAUAGUAUCACAAAUACAGAGGAACUUAAUUUGCCUGCAGACAUUCCCAGCUAUCUGUCUUCCCAAGGAACACUGUCGGAACCACAGGAAGGCUACAGCAACUCUGAGGCCGGCAGUCAUCAGCAGCUUAUGCCUCCCGCCAACGGAUACGUACACAAGGGCACCGACGGUGGUACCAGUACCCGGGUGAUCUGUUCAGAUUGUUAUGACAAUGCCAACAUCUACUCGAGGACCCGAGAAUACUGUCCGUACACCUAUAUUGCUGAGGAGGAUGUUUUAGACCAGACCCUGUCCAGCCUCAUGGUUCAGAUGCCCAAAGAGACAUUUUUGUCGAAUCCUCCCCAAGAUGCUACUACUCUGGAGAGUCUGAUACCAUCAGCAGAGAGAGAGCUGUCUGCCUUUCCCACCAACCAUGAGAGGAUGAAUGAGAAGCUUCCCUUCUCACAGAUGAGCAGUGAAAUAUUCCAGCGGCCGCUGUGGAACAUGAACAGAGAACUAGGCCUACUUCCCUUUCCCCAGCCGCCUGUCCUUGACUCACCACAGCUUCAGCGACAUGAGGGCCUGGCAGAGAGGGAUCCAAACUGCUCUUCCCCUGUGUCCUGCCACAGGUUACAUGACCACACUUUCGAUUUUAGUAGGACUCGGAACAGUCAAGAUGGUAGUGAAUGCACAUGAAGCCCAUUCGGGAGGAAGUCUGAGCAGAAACUCAAGUUAGUUAAUUUACUACCUCAGAGUUGAGAAGAACCCCCAAAGUCAGCACUUGCAUAACUCUUUGCUUCGAAUUAUAUCUGACCACCCCAAAGUAGCCCUGAUGUUUGGGCUUACACCUGUUGAAGAAAAGUUAGUGGCUGACAAAUGUACCGCAGAAAUGUGUACCGUGUUGAGAGUACACAGCCCUGGGGAAGACGAUGUGGGCAAGUAUCCUUCCAGAUGGCCCCACAGGGAUGUGCCCAGGUGUGCGCUGCCGGUCAUGAAGAGUGUCGUUGCUGCUUAGCCUGCUGGAUUGCCCCAGUCCUCAGAAUGGUCAUGGGAAAGCAUCACUACUUGGACAUUCUACUUGGCCUUCCAAGUUAGGAGCAGAGAUAUCUUCUGAGUUCUCCUAACUCUGACUGGGAUUCUCCUGUGGUGUUGAACAGAGAAUGGAGGCUGAGGCUUUGAUAUUCAAGGUCUUCAGCUAGAAUCUAAGUUUUGCUGACUGGUACCAGAGCAAAGGCUUUUUGUAUUCGUGUGUGUGUGUGUGUGUGUGUGUGUGUGUGUGUGUGUGUGUGUGUGUGUGUGUUUUGUUUUAUUUUUAUUUUUUGGCUGUGUGUGUGUGGGGGGGUAUGUUUUGUCCCUAUAACCAGGGAUGUCAUUGUAAAUAUAUGUGCAUUUAUAAAUAAUUUUUCUACUCAUUGACCUUGUGUGUUGGCUACAGUGUAAAUACUUUUGAUAUGCCCAAAUUAUAUAUAUGUCUAUCUGGUUACUGUCUGGGCAGCAACUUCUCAAGAUCACAGAUUUUACAUAACUUAGUUUAAUGAGGUCUACAAACUCUGUUUAGAGCUCUAAGAUUAUUUGUUACGAAGCUUAUGUAGAGAGGCGGGGUACUUAGUGAUUGUGUGCUCACAAACUCAGUCUUGGUGUAAUUAACUGCUUGCUUCAUGCCUGAAGGUCCAUACAUCCAAUCCCUUGCCAUCUGUUUACAAGUGCCAGGUGAUAAUCUUGUUCUAGCAUAAACGUCUAGCUCUUCCAGAGCCCAGCACCCUUGUCGCAGCCCUGUGAGCAUAGAAGAUUACUUAUUUGGGGACUGUCUUCUGUCAGCAAAGUACUUUAAUGACAAGGAAACCAAAGAUUGUUCUUUUCUAUGUUUACUUUGUUUUUAAUCUCCUUCAUGAAUGUAGCAUAUUAAGAAGGGAAGUGUGCUCUUGGGAGUAGAUCCCACGGAAGUUCCUGUACUCUGAUUUAGUGUGGUCCUUACUUUAUACCAGUUAUUACUGAAGCCAAAAAACUUUCUUGAAUUUCUGGUAGCAAAAAGCUUUAUGUAAACAAAGAAUGUUAACACUGAUGAAAUGUCAUGUGCUUUCAGUCUGUCCUUUGUAAUACCAGCUUCCUGCUAGAUGGCUCUGGACUUUUAAAAGUGUCUGUUUGUAAGUAACUGUAUAUUUUUAGAAUUCCAAACUCACUUAGCUUUUUGUCAGAAAGAUGAAUUUCUGACUUUUUUCCAUGCUUGUCUUAAUCUUUAAUUUUUCUUCCUCAGAUAAAAGUGCUGUUAGCUCUGUUAGCUUUUUUUUUUUUUUUUUUUUUUGGUUUUUCGAGACAGGGUUUCUCUGUGUAGCUUUGCGCCUUUUCCUGGAACUCACUUGGUAGCCCAGGCUGGCCUCGAACUCACAGAGAUCCGCCUGGCUCUGCCUCCCGAGUGCUGGGAUUAAAGGCGUGCGCCAGCACCGCCCGGCCGCUGUUAGCUUUUUUAACUUUCUUUUUCUUUUUAAAGUGUCAUGAUGUCUUCAUUUCCACUUUGAACCUUUCACAUAUUGUAGUCUUCUCCUCUCUUUGGAUUCUUUCUUCCUUUUGGGCUGUCUUCUAGUUUAUAGUGGUCUGACUGGGAAUUAGAACCCGGCCCCCUUCCUAGUGCUGCUCCCGCCAGCUGUAUAUCUGACUCCUGCUGAUGGGAAGAGGCUGUCCACCAGCUCUAAGCCGCUCUCCAGCUCCCUCCAGGAACCACGAGGAUUGUGCCACUUCAGUAAAGAGCUGCCUUUGUGAACUGUUAGCUAGAUCAAGGAUGCUGCUGCUUGCUCUAACUUGAACUGUAUUUAUUUCCCCAAUACAGGACUAAUGGUCUAAGAAAUGCUCAGGGGAGGGGGGGAAUGCUCUGCUUUUAAACAAUGUCAGUAAACAAAGACUCACGUCUGAAUUGAAAAAUUGCCUUUUGUCUUCUAGAGCAGCAGUGCUCCAGCACACAGGGGCUCAGAGUGGAGGUGUGCUGCAGCCCAUGUGUGGCUGGCCAUGCCACUUCUGUAGUCAGUUUAGUGCUCUGUCAGCUGGGAUCUGUCGGAUAGAAAGCAGGCCCUGACGCAGUCCUCUGGAAAUGCUUUAUCCAGGACAUCACCCCGAAGUUCCAGCAGUGGCCUUUCUGCUGGGGUGUCAGUCUGGUCUGAGGGUUGGUGGGAUGUUGGACCUGCCCUCCCAGAUAUCCCUGGCUUGCUUAAAUAACUGUUAAGGAAAAGAGCCUGCCUGCUUCUAGUUAAAAUAACAAUAGAUUCUUAGCCAGGCCGAGGUGGUGCAUUCCUUUAAUCCUAGCACUCAGGAGGCAGAGGCAGGUGGAUCUCUGUGAGUUCGAGGCCAGCCUGGGCUACAGAGUGAGUUCCAGGACAGGCUCCAAAGCUACACAGAAAAACCCUGUCUCCAAAAACAAACAAAAAACCCAAACAAAACUACAAUAUAUUAACUUAGAGAAAGGAAUUCCUGAAAAAACUUCUUUGCACAGGUUUGACCAAGCAGUCUCUACCCUCCAAUAGUGAUAGAAUUGGUGUCUCCUCAGCGCUUCCUCCAGGCUGGACAGGGUUCACCUAGGACUAAGUUAAUCAGGGACAUUGCAGAGCAAGGGAAACUGAAAUCCUCAGAGAAGUAGUCCAUCCCCCAGCCAGUUCCUACUUCAUUUUUGUGGGACAAUGUAAGUUCUCUUAAUUUGUUGGUGCCCCUCUUGAGCUGAUUCUACACACGGAGGCUUAUUCAUAAUUAUAAAUCCCCAGCUUUAGCUUGGCUUGUUGCUAGCCAGCUUUUCUUAACUUUAAAUUAUCCCUUCUAUCUUUGGUCUCUGGGCUUUUACCUUUCUCUAUUUCUAUGUACCUUUCUUUCUUACCCUGUUACUGGUUGUGCAGCUGGGCGGCUGGCCCCUGAUUUCCUCCUUUUCCUCCUCCUCUUUCUCCUCCUCUUCCUUGUCUCUUGUUCUUUCUUUUUCUCCCAGAUUUCUCCUUCUACUUAUCCUCUCUGCCUGCCAGCCCCACCCUUCCUUUCUCCUGCCUUGCUAUUGGCCGUUCAGCUCUUUAUUAGACCAUCAGGUUUUUCAGAAAGGAAAAGAAGUAACACAGCUUCACAGAGUUAAACAAAUGCAACAUAAAAGAAUGCAACACAUCUUUGCAUCAUUAAACAAAUGUUCCACAGCAUAAACAAAUGUAACACAUGUUAAAAUGCUUUUCUACAACAGGGAACUUUCACUCUUAGUUGGCUGUACAUUGCCCAGGGAGGGGUCGUAAAGGACCUGCCCAGGGAGGGGUCGUAAAGGACCAUUAGUCUGCAUCAAGCAGUUUCAGCACUGUCAACCUGUGAAAAGGGGGACAUGGUAGAAGUCUUUAUUUACAUCUUGUUGUAGGAAACAACAGAUACCGUCUCCAGAGAGGUAUAGAGUACCUGUCUUAGUCUAAUAAUGACACUUCUCUGGUAAUGGAAAUAGUCUGCCUUUAGGGGGGAGGUUUGUGCAGACACUAAUUGCUAGUCAUGCUGAAGAGAGUUCUUCGAUGGUGUGGAACACGGGCAGUGUCACUGUAACAUCUCUAUUGUUAUCAUUAGCUUGAGAGUUUGUCCUUUGAUCUUUGUGUUGGUUUAGUGCACUUCAGAUUUUUUUUCUAAAACUAAGCCAUUUGGGACUUUGGUUAACAAAAGAAUCUGAUCUGUGUUCACAGGUAAAAACAUGAAAUGAUGGCAUUAUUUUUCUGAAAAAAAAACCUAUACUUUCUACACAAGUGCCAUUACUCUAACAAAAAUUUAAGCCUGUGUUGUAUUAUAACUCUUUACUCUGAUUUUUGAAAAAUAUUACUAAUUUUUAAAGCCCCCACUGGCCUUGAACUCUCAGUCUCCUGCCGCCUCCUCUGAAAUGUGGGGGCGAUAGGUAUGUCUGACUUGAUUAAUUUUUAUUCUUGCCUAUGGAGCCCAACUGGAGUGGAGUUGUUAUUGCAGUGUUCAGUUUUAUAAUGUUUUACCCAAGUAUAAGAGGAUGGCCCUUUCUCAUUAUUGGAUACCACUGACAUGCUACAGGGGUAAGGAGUAUCAGGUAAGUGUGUCUGUUUCCCCGGUGCUGGGCUUUGAAACUUCAACUCUGUGAAUGUCAGCUGCAUGUUCUCCCACUGAGCUCAGACCCCAUAUUUGUUGUUCUCUUAGACAUAUUCCAUCUUUGGGCCUUUUUUGUUUUUGUGUUGGCAGUCCUGGGGAUUGAAUCUAUAGGCUCCUAUGUACCAGACAAAUGCUCUACCUCUGAGCUGCUGCCUCAGUUGGCAUGUUGGUUUGCUGCAGAGUAAUGGGUGGUUAUAAAAACAAUGGGACCAUAAAUGGCUGAGCUGGGUUUUUUUUCUGUUAGGUGCUCUCUGCCAGUCCAGUCUGGCGGUGUUCUGCCACCUCCCUUUCUACUUUAAACUUUUUGUUUGGAACAUGAUCUAAAUAUAUAGCACUUUGCCUGGAUUUUCUUUUUCUUUUGUUCUUUUUGGACAUUAGUUCAUUGACAGAAGUACCAAGUUUCUGAAUUAGGGAUGCAUUAGGAAUUGUACUUAGAACAUCUGAAAACCCAAGAACCACUUGUAGGCUUUGUGAAAAGGUGGGAGGGGAAGGAGAGGUUGGUGUAUGGUAUCCUAGGAAUCAGACCCAGGCAAGCACUCUCCCAGCCAGUGUGCUUUAAGUUACGAAUUGGAUCCACUCCCUCUUGGUGCAAACAUUAUUUCUUGGUAAUCAUCACGAGGUGGGUGGUGUGAGGGUGAAGAGCAGCUUGACUUGUUUGCGCCUAUUGUUGGAUGUGAAGUGAUCUUGUCGAGACUGUAACUGUUUUCAAUGAGAAGCUGAUCUUCAGGUGGCCAAGUGCCCUUGAAAUACGUCCUGGCUGCUGGAGAUGGCCUCUUCACCCACGGAGUGACUUCUCCCUGCUGGCCUCUCUUCUCUUUCCCAUUAGAGGAUGUCGGGCUGAGCAGCCCUGGUGUAAGACACUUCCAAAGAGAUCCAAGCCACGUUGUUCAGUGUGGCUGUUUCCUGGUAUCGAUUAUAUUUUCUCACAUAAGAAUGUAUAUUUUAUAGAGCAUGUGUUCGUCCUGUCUACUGUAAUGUCAAUAAAGCAAAAACAUGA